AUGGCGUUGUUUGGAGUUUCAAGUUACGUGUGAAAGAUGCUUGCUUAUUCUGCGAGUAUUCUUUUUUAUGGAAACCAUAUCGAAAGAACUCAUUGCAUAGGUUGCAAAAGACUGGGUUCUUUGUGGACCCACUUGCAAGAAAAAAGCCUUAUUCCAACCGUAAGAGCGAAAGCUUCAGUAGCCUACUACAUGAGAAUAUUAACAACACGUCAACGCGAAGAAGAUUCUGAAAAUGACUUGGAGCAAUUAUCUUUUGUUAAAUUACCACACGAGAAACUCCAGCCUGUGGAAUAUUAUUGGUCACAACUUGAAACACAACUCACCUAUCAUAGUACUAGUGAUUUACGUGUCAUCAAAAGUGCCUUACAACUUGCGUACCAAGCGCAUGAAUUACAAAAGAGACAUAGUGGAGAUCCUUUUAUAACCCAUCCAGUGGCAGUUGCUAAUAUACUUGCCGAAUUGAGAAUGGACCGUGACACCAUAGUUGCUGGUUUAUUACACGAUACUGUGGAAGAUACAGAAGUUACUUUAAGUACAAUUGAGCAAUUGUUUGGAAUGGAAGUACGUAGAAUUGUUGAAGGAGAAACAAAAGUAUCCAAGUUGCCAAAAAUGGCAGAUAUCUCGAUAGACAAGCAAGCUGAGAAUUUAAGGCAGCUAUUUAUUGCUAUGACAGAAGAUUGGCGUAUAAUCAUAGUGAAAUUGGCAGAUAGAUUACAUAAUAUGCGAACAUUGCAAUUUAUGAAACAAGCAAAACGGCAUAAGAUUGCCAAGGAAACUUUGGAUAUCUUUGCACCACUGGCACAUCGAUUAGGCAUGUGGCAAAUCAAAGCAGAAUUGGAAAGAUUGGGAUUUAUGUACUUGUAUCCUUCAGAAUAUGAAGAAAUUAGACAAUUGGUAGAAAAGAAACUUCCCAAAUAUAUGAGAGUGUUGGAAGAAAGUCGCCAAGCUUUGAAAACUGCUUUGCAAAAUGAUGUUAUACUCCAACAAAGUGUUGCUCAGGUUGAAGUAUCUGCAAGAAUUAAGGAAUUGUAUAGUCUUUGGAAGAAAAUGCAACAACAUGGUAAGGACAUUGAGGACAUUUAUGAUUUGGUUGCUUUAAGAGUACUUAUAACACCAAAACCGAUGCAAUUGGAAUGUUGUUCUUCGGAUGCUUCUCAAUGUAACGAAUGGAAUCGCAAAAUGUUGGAAACCUUGGAGAAGUCUUUAUGCUACUAUACUUUAGGAAUUGUACAUGCCAUGUGGCAGCCUUUUCCUUGUCGUGUAAAAGAUUAUAUUGCAUUUCCCAAAGAGAAUGGUUAUCAGUCUCUACAUACUACAGUGAUGGCCGGAGGUGCUCAGGCACCAUUAGAAGUACAAAUUCGAACUUUGGAAAUGCAUUUAGUGGCAGAAUAUGGAAUGGCAGCGCAUUGGAUGUAUAAAGAUAAUAGUGUUGUGAUUGCUUCUAAAGCAACACGUUGGAUGAGUACUAUUGUGGAAUGGGGUGACGAGAUUGCCAACAGUAGAGAGUUUGUAGAGUUGGUUCGUAGAGAGUUGUUGGGAAGCCGAGUAUUUGUUUUUGCGAAGUUUGAGUCCUAUUCCGAUCGUUGUUUGGAAAUUUUCAAUCUUCCUCGAGGAUCAACUAUUGUAGAUAUUGCUUUUCAGUUGGAUAGUUGUCUUGGGUUAAGAAUGACGUGUGCAAGAGUCCAUGGCAAGAUUGUUCCUUUUUGGUAUAUAUUGGAAAAUGCAGAUGUCGUCACAAUUGCUUGUAACUCUUCUGCAGAACCUCAAAUAGAAUGGAUGGAUUAUGCAAAGACUCGCAUAGCUAAGCGGAAUUUAAGGUUAUAUUUUGAUCAAAUGCAUACAAAGCAAUGCAUACAAACAGGCUUUCACAUUUGGAAUCAUUAUUUUGAUAAGUAUGGAAUUUCAUUGGAAAGCUUGAAAGAGAAGGAAAGGCACAAAAUGGUAUACAUUUUAACAGAGUUUGAUGACUGGAAACGAUAUUGUAUUCAUCUCACAUCACUUCCUAUAGACGAAAGGCAUCAAGAAUUGGAAGAUAUUAGGCUAGGGUUGGAGACCAUUGGUUAUCCUCUUCUUCGUUUGAAUCCAAUGAAAUGUACGAAUGUUGAUUUUUCCAAGAAUAGUCUAAGUUCUUUCUGGUUAAGAGUCUUUGGCAAAGAUAGAAAUGGUUUGCUUUCGGAUGUAUCUGCAGUUGUAUCUCGAUCUAUUUCCUGUAUAAAACAAACCAAUUCAGUUACACAAGGUACAGAAGCCAUGUUGGAAUAUCAUGUGGAAUCGACAAGUAAAGAAAUAGAAAACAUAAAGUGCUUAUUAUUAGAAAUAAUAGGCGUAGAAAGAGUAGUCGUGAAUGAUAUUCAUCAAAUGGAAUAAACAGAUUGGAUUCAUUCUAUUGUUAUGAUUGGAAAUGAGUCUGUCUACAAGGAUACGGUUUUAUAUAGGUGAAUAUUAUGACGCUCUGACUCAAUAUGAUUUUCAGCAACCACCGAAGCCUUGGUCGGAAUUUUUUCA